AGAGAGAGGAGAGAGAGAGAGAGGAGGGAGGGAGGGAGGGCGCAGGGAGAGAAGGGGGGUUAGAAAAGGACCUGGUGAAAUAAAAGUGCCGAACACCACCGAGCGGAUCCCAGUGUAUCGGAGGCAGCUUCAGACUGUGUAUCGGGACCGACCGACGGAUCCCCGGCUAGUCCUGCUCUUCCAUUCAUUAAGGCUGCAGCUGCCGGGAGCGCGGUCCCCGCGCGCACCCAGACGCACACACAAACACACCGCGCACUCGCACGCACACGCACAGCUCCGGGAAUUGGCCAGAAAGUUUGCUGCUUGGGUUUUUCUUCUUUCUUGCUCUGCUGCUGGCCCCCGGCCUCCUCCCAGCUGCGGACUCUUCAGGGCUGGGGAGAACCCGAGGACACCGCAAAGAGGAGCGAGCCGCUGAGCCCAGCCAGCUGCCGGCCGGACUACCUCUUGCCCUCGGUGGGCCCGGGAGGAGCUUCCUCGCCUCUCGGCGGCGGCGGCGGCAGCGGCAGCGGACGCGAGUGCUUGCCUCCCGGUGCGCGGACACUAAGUGGCGGCGGGCGCCGGACUCGGAGUCCCGGACAGCGUCCAGCCACUAUGCAGAACUACAAGUACGACAAGGCGAUCCCGCCGGAGAGCAAGAACGGAGGCAGCCCGGCCCUGAACAACAACCCCAGGAAGGGCGGCCGCAAGCGGGUGCUGCUCAUCUGCCUCGAUCUCUUCUGCCUCUUCAUGGCGGGCCUGCCCUUCCUCAUCAUCGAGACCAGCACCAUCAAGCCGUACCAGCGAGGCUUCUACUGCAACGACGAGAGCAUCAGAUACCCCCUGAAGACGGGGGAGACCAUCAACGACGCCGUCCUGUGCGCGGUGGGCAUCGUCAUCGCCAUCCUGGCGAUCAUUACCGGGGAGUUCUACCGCAUCUAUUACCUGAAGGAGAAAUCUCCAUCUGUGAUCCAGAACCCUUAUGUGGCUGCCCUCUACAAGCAGGUGGGCUGCUUCGUCUUUGGCUGCGCCAUCAGCCAGUCCUUCACGGACAUCGCCAAGGUGUCUGUUGGCCGCCUGAGGCCCCACUUCCUAGAAGUCUGCAACCCCGACUUCAGUAAAGUCAACUGCUCCGUGGGCUACGUCCAGAUCUAUGACUGCAGAGGAGAUGACAGCAGGGUCCAGGAAGCCAGGAAGUCCUUCUUCUCCGGCCAUGCCUCCUUCUCCAUGUACACCAUGCUCUACUUGGCGCUGUACCUGCAGGCCCGCUUCACCUGGAGAGGCCGCUUGCUCCGGCCCCUCCUGCAGUUCACACUCAUCAUGAUGGCCUUCUACACCGGCUUGUCUCGGGUGUCUGACCACAAGCAUCACCCCUCAGACGUCCUGGCAGGAUUUGCACAGGGAUCCUUGGUGGCCUUCUGCAUAGUCUUCUUCGUGUCAGACCUCUUCAAGACCAAGACGACCGUGUCCCUGGCGCCCCCUCCCCUCCGGAAGGACAUCCUCUCGCCGGUGGACAUCAUAGACAGAAACAAUCACCACAACAUGGUGUAAGCCGCUCGGCUCCGGAGAGGUUGGCACUCUGACUGCGACAGCGUCCACCUGCUGCUCUCAAAUCUCAUCAGACAGUAGAAUGUAGGGAAACUUUCUGCCCGCCCGAUCUUCUUCAACCCAUCUUACUCGGUGGCCUUCCGCCAUGGGCGGGGACCCGGGGACCACGGACACACGGUUGCCGAGUGCCUGCGUUCUCGGCCGGGCGGGCCCCGCGUGUCCGCGUUCUCGUGGGCGCUGGCUUGUUCACGGGUGGACACGAGGCGGCUUUGUCCGGAGCCCGCCCCCGCGAGCCGCUUCCGAUUGUAGCCCCCCCAGGAGGCAAAGAAAAGCACUGAACCGAGGCUCGCCCCCGGCCCAGGGUCCGACACGCACUCGUCUCUUACUUACCACUUUACCCUCGUUCCAGCCAGUCACCGAAGUUAGCUCGCUUUUAGCCACUAGGAUGCUCUUUGCGGACGACUGACUUGUAGGGCGGCCCAAGGGAUGCUCUCUGGAUGCACCAUUCUCCGUGCUCGGAGCGGGACGUGGAGCUCGAUCUGCACUUGCAUUUGGCUACGUCACGUGCAUUUUAGAUGAAAUCUGUCCCCCCUCCCCCCAAAGUCAAAGUUAGCGAAUUGUGUCAUUUUCCCACGAGCCACAUGAACCUAGACACGUCCAGGGUGAGGGCUGGAUUCUGCCCUGAAAGAAACGAACCUUCUCUAAAAGUACAACGAAUGGGGGGGGGGGGGGGGGGGACAAAAAGAACGCCUGGCCCAGGGGCGGCAGGUUUGUCCGGCACCUCUGCGGGGGCCUUCUGUGGGGGGCCUCUGAGGCAUUCUUCUUGAUGUGUAAAGCACUAUGGAUUUGGGAUGGAGUCCGUCCCAGGAGCCGAGGAUUCGGCGGGCUUCCGCACACUCUGCAGGGCAGAGCGCGUCCCCGCCACAAUCUCUCGGGGCUUCCAUUUCCUCCUCCUCUAUCCGGAAGGCCCGACAAGUUAGGUUUCCUUAGAGGUAGUAGGUAGCAACGCAACGACUUGGCUUUCCCAGGAAAGGAAAAAAAAGGGAUUAAAAAAAAAAAAAGCUCUUUCUACAUCUUGGGUGAAGACCUUGCCAAGGGCUAAACAUCGUAGGGGUCAUCUGAAACCACACGGAUGGGCCAUGAGCACAUUCAACUUCAAGAAUCCGUCCUACCAUUUCAACUAUAGCAAGCUAUGAUUUUUAUAUAUAAAUAUUAUAUAAAUAAUGUAUAAAACAUUAAAAAUUAACUAUGUAAGAUAUUAUUUCUGAAACAAUUUUAGAUAUAUCCACUAUGAUUAUCAACGGUGUCUUGACCUGUGUUAUUUACAUCAUGCUGCUUGAAAAAGCAUUGAGUUACUUUUUGUUUUUGUUCAUCUAGUCAACUAAAAUGUUUGUAGCUCUGUAGGAGUCGUCAGGAAAUGGAGAAAAGAUAGCGACAGCUAGAGACGGUUGUAUAAAAAGGGAAAUUGUCCGUAUUUUUGUAAUGUUGACUUUUGUAAAGAAAAGGACUAUUCGAAGACUUUUGUAGAAUACAGGAACACAAAAGUUUGUAUCCACAAAACAAUGGCUGUAUAAAUGUGCUUUUGAAAUAAAAAGCUCAUAACACGACUAA